AUGGAAAGGAAAAGGCUUGAAGAGUUAAAGAUAAAACUGGAGAUUGAAAGGAAAAAGGAAGAAAGGUUAAGAAAACUGAAAGCUGAAAAGGAUAGGUUAGCAGAGGAAUUGAAUCAACAAGAGAACACUCUACGUAGUCUGAAGAAAGAAAUCGAGUAUGAACGAAAGAGAAAAGCAGAAAGACAAAGCAAAGAUAAGACAGAAAUUCAACAGGUUUUGAAAGAAAAAGAUCAUUGGAAAGGGAAAUUACUGAAACCUACGAUACCCAACCUUACAGAAGAUACAUUUGACGAGUUGAAAAUUGAAGUAGAAGUGAUCAUGAAUUUAGGCCUAUAUGAAGAAAGUAUGUUAAGACAAGCAGUAAGGAACUCUCUUUGUGGCCAAACAAGAAAGAUCUUACUCACAAUACCGCCGUCAACUACUACAAAGAAAAUCAUAAGCAAGUUGGAAAAUGUUUAUGGCAAUGUAAGAUCAGGUGAAUCAGUGUUAGCAGAGUUUUAUAUGGCUAGACAAGGAAGAGAUGAAGGAAUAGCACAAUGGGGAAUCAGAGAUAAUAGAAGAAGAGACGACGAUAGAUAUAACAGAGGCAACGGAAUAGAUAGAAGACAUGGCGACAGAUACGGUGAAUAUAGAGAAAGGAGAAGAUACAGCCCACGAGAUAGGAGAAAUGAUAGAACUGAUUAUUUGGACCAAGUGAAAGAAAGAAGAUACUACAGAGAUUACAGGCAAACAAAUGAGAAAGACAAUAGAGAUAAAAGACGACUGGACGAUGAAAGAGAACACAAAUAUCAUGAGGAUUACAGAUCACCAAGUCAUCGAGAUAGUGGAUACAGGAGAGAACCAGGAGAAGAAGGAAGCUAUAGAUAUAACAGAUAA